GUUGUGCAUCUGCAUCGGCGGACAUCGGUAGUAAGCCUCGAAAAAUUAUUUAAAUCAAAAUGCGAUAUUUCCUGUUAAAUAUAGCUCUUCUGCUCGGCAGUGUAAUAUUUGUUGCAAGUCAGGGCUACUAUUCGGUACUUGCCCCCGGACACAUUCAAUCGAACCGCAACUAUACCGUACUUGUGACCAUACAUCAAUCCCCGGAACCGGUAAAAGUCAACGUGACCAUUGAAGGACCCACGUUUGAGAUUCAUGAAGAAGUGUUCUUGAAUCCGUUUGAAAGUAAGGCCAUAACCAUUUUACCACCAAAAUUAACCGAUGGUGAACAUAAGCUAAUUGUACAGGGCGUAAGUGGUCUACGAUUUUACAAUGAAAGUGAGCUAAUCGAAAUUGUCGAUGCUGGCCCAACCGUUAAUAUACAAACUGAUAAAGCCGUAUAUAAACCGGGUGAUUUGGUGCAAUUUCGUGUGGUCCUGAUGGAUGAACAUACCAGGCCAUUGAAAAUACCAGAGCCAAUUCGUGUUGAAAUCACUGAUGGCAUCAAUAACCGUGUUAAACAAUUCAAAGAUAUCAGCUUCGUUAAGGGUGUCUAUAAAAAUCAAUUUCAACUAUCCGAAUAUCCUGUGAUGGGCGUAUGGCACAUUCGUGUCCAUAUAAGUGGUCGUUAUGAUUUGGUCUCCUCGAAAUCGAUAAAAGUUCAACGAUAUCUCUUACCGAAAUUUAGUGUUUACGUCGAAACGGAUCGGAAUAUUGUACUUGGCGAUCAGAUGACAGUACAGGCUUUGAUCUAUGGUCAAUAUACUUUUGAAAAAUAUGUUGAGGGUCAGGUGAAAUUGCGUUUAGUGCAGGACCCUGAGAAAAUUGUCCUCGAAGAAAGAGUAAUGCAAAUCAAAGAUCUACUCAAUCUUGGAAUUCAACUGAACAAUAGCGAAUUGCUGCGAGAAGCAUAUGGUAUCAAUAUGGAGGUGGAGCUGAGAGAAAAAUUCACCCAACAAAUAAGUAGUGAAAAAAUAUAUAUCCAUAUUCAUGAAUAUCCCUACCAGAUAUCUGUUUUGCCCGAGACUAUCAAGUUUGCCAAGGGUAAACCAUAUCAGUUGACAGCCAAGGUUAGGGAUUGGAACGAUUUGCCCUUGAUGGAUGAUAUACCUUUAAUUAUGGAACAUGGAAGCAGAAAUUAUAGUGUGCCCCUGGAUGCAAAUGGUGAGGCAACAUUUCAAUUUGAACAUGAACCAAGUUCGGAUCAUACUUUUUGGUAUGGCAAUGUUACCUAUCUGUGGGGAAAUAUUUUUGCCUAUGAACCCUAUACGGGUAAUGUAACCGAUCUGCCGUUGACAUUAGAGCUAUUGACGGAAAAGCCCCAAUUUGGCAGCCCAGUGAGAAUUCAAGUGACAUCUUUAAAAGGAAUGCCUUAUUUGGUCUACACCAUUGUGGGCCAUGCCAAUUUUAUUCAUACCGAACACAUUAAGCUACCCACAAACUCCAGGACCCAUAUUCUGGAGAUUAUACCGUCCAUAGCAAUGGUGCCCAAUGCCUUCGUCUAUGUCCACUACAUCGAUGGAGGAAAUUUACGCUAUAGUGAAAUUCGAAUUAAAUUUCCAUUGGAAUUUGAAAAUAAGGUUUCGAUUAUGGCGCCCAAACAAGUUAAACCAGGUGCAGAGGUAAACCUAGAAGUGAGGGCCCAGCCAAAAUCUCUAGUUGGUAUCUUAGCUGUGGAUUUGGGUGUUUAUCUCUUAGAUCCUUCAUAUGAUUUCAAGAAAGAAAAAAUGCUUGAGGCAUUGCAGGAGGACACCAGUCGUCUGCCGUUUUUGGCUUUGGUAUAUCCGGGUCUUAUGUCGGGCGUACUUACACUAACAAAUGCCCAUUAUGAAUUUGUGCCCUUACAAGUCGAUAAUAGAAAAUUACCAGAUCCGCUGGGAGAGCUUACAUUUCGUAAAAAUUUCCCCGAAACCUGGAUUUUUGAAAAUUAUGAAAUAACAAAUGAUACCACCCAACUCACCCUGAAUAUACCGGACACAGUUACCACAUGGCGUGUAACGGCAUUUACAAUGAACGAGAAAACCGGUUUUGGUAUAGUAGAUGGUCCCACAGAUGUAACCACCAUACAACCGUUCUUCAUUAGCCUCAACCUACCGUAUUCUGUGAAACGUGGCGAAAUUGUUGCCAUACCCAUCCUCAUACACAAUUACCAAAACCGCAGCUUGGAUACCGAAAUUACCCUCCUCAAUUCGAAUAAUGAAUUCUAUUUUAUGGAAUCGACAAUACUCAACACGGAAACGGGGUCUUCGGAAAAAGGACGAACCAAAAAUAUAACCAUGCCAGCGAAUAGUGUUGAUACGGUUACAUUCUACAUAAGUCCACGGCUGGUUGGUGACAUUAAACUUAGGAUCACAGCCACAAAUUCUAUGGCGUCAGAUGCCAUAAUCGAUACGCUUCGUGUCCAACCAGAGGGUAUAAGACAGGAAUUCAAUAAUCCCCAAUACAUCAGUGUGAUACCCAGUGAACCUAUAGAGUUAUCAUAUCCCCUAUCCCUGCCAGCCAAUAUGGUUCCGCAAUCGGAGUUCAUUACCCUCACAGUGGUGGGCGAUGACAUGGUCCCCGUUUUACUCAAUCUAAAUUAUUUACUCUACCUUCCCACCGGUUGUGGUGAGCAGAAUAUGGCAAAUUUUGCCCCGAAUGUCCUCGCCUUACAAUAUCUGCGGUCAACGGGUCAAUAUCACCGCGAAGCAAAGCUGGUGGCCAAAGUCAAGCGCAACAUUGAAGUUGGCUAUCAACAACAAUUGACAUAUCGCCACAACAAUGGUGGCUACAGUGUCUUUGGCCAGCGUAAAGAUUUCGAAGCCAGUACCUGGCUGACGGCGUAUACCGUACGUUUCUUUAUAAAAACCUUAAAAUAUGCCAUGGCCAUUGAAAAGCAUAUCAUUGAAACGGGUCUGCAUUAUUUGGCAACGGCCCAGCGUGACGAUGGUAGUUUUCCCUAUACCGGUUAUUUACUUUAUCCCGCACAGCAGAAUCGUUUUGGAUUUACGGCUUUUGUGCUGAUGACAUUUCUGGAGGAUGAGAAAUACGCCCAAAACUAUACCAAAACCAUUGGCAGAGGCUUGCGUUUCUUACACAACCGCAUGGAUGAGAUCAACGAUUUGUAUGCCCUCUCAAUUAUAGCGGUAACCCUACAAAUGGCCGAAGAGAAUGCCAGCUCGAAAAAGGUUUUGGAUAGAAUAAUGCAGUAUAAGAAGUCAGAUAACGAAUCAGUUUGGUGGAGCCAAAAUGAUCGAAAUAUGGCAAAAGAUGUUGAAAUAACCGGUUAUGUAUUAGUGGCCAUGCUUAAGAUGGGCUAUAAUAAGGAAGCUGCGGAAAAAGCUUACAAAUGGUUGACACGACAGCGUAACAAGAAGGGAGGAUUUAAGUCCAGUCACGACACCGUGGUGGGACUGCAAGCCCUUAUCCAAUAUCCUGUAAAAUAUAAAAAAUCAUCUGGUCAAAUUAAUGUCGUGGUUAACUAUACAGCGGUGGAUGAUGAAAAGCGGACGGUGAGAGUCGGAGAAAUCUCUGUGGACCAAAGUAAUAUGAAAAUUUUACAAACCGAAGAGCUACCAAAAACCACACGAGCUGUGGAAAUUCGCCUUGCCGGCUCUGGCAGUGUCUUUCUGCAAUUCAACUACCAAUACUAUAUCAAUGGCAUUGAUAGCUUUGAAUAUUUUCGUCUUGAACCCCGAGUGAAAUUACCAAAUCCCGCCGAAUUGACAUUGGAAAUUUGUUUCAGUUACAUCGAACCCAAUUCGGAUGCUAUUAAUAUGGUGGUGAUGGAGGUGAAUCUACCAUCGGGAAUUAGUGCCGAUGAGAAAGAUAUCGAUGAUUUGUUGGAGAAUGACAUCGUCCAGAGAAUCGAAAUGAAGAAUUCGGCCACCAGUGUCAUUAUGUAUUCGGCACAAUUGAUAGCCGCCAAUAGGAAUUGUUUGAAUAUCAUGGCCUACAAGCUGCACGAUGUGAUCCAUUUGAAACCGGUUGCAAUAAUUAUAUACGAUUAUUAUGAUAUUAGUCGCCAUGACACGGUAUUUUAUGAGCUGCCAAGGGUGGUGUCUGAGAAUCAGAGCUCUGGAGAUGGGAAUUCACAAAAUGCCGUUGACAAAAAGAAAUUUGAUUUUUAAGCUAAUAUUUAGUGUGAGAUAAUAAA